AUGAAGUCUCUGUUCGGAAAGAUGGAGAAUAUCGGACUAGAGGCUCGUACUGACGCCCAAUUGCAUCACCAGAUUAAUAAUGUAUCUCUUGAACGUGAUCAGCGUAAACAUGUUAUUCCGAUUAAAACAUGCCUCAAUCCGACUAAACAUCCAACUGUUGUGAUUGUGGACAGUCCAUAUGAGUUCGAUAAUGUAGAGCAUUUGAUGGUCGAUGCGAAUCAAACUAGCAGGUGGCCGAAUCCUUUUCUAGAGGAGCCGUUAGCUAGGUGGCAAAGUGAUGGUAGUCCACUUAAUGAUAUUGCAGAAAUGGAUGAUGAAACGAAUUUAAGAUCUAGAGUCCCAAGGAGUCUUUGA